AAGAGUGAGUAGUAGUGGGAGAUUUCUGGAAUCCCAAUCCAAUCACACACUCUUUUUCUUCCCCGCAAACCUUAGCACAAACAGCGUUCCCUCCCAUCGUUCCCCCCGACCCCCUCGCCCUCCUCGGCUUUAGCGCUAACACCACCGCCCGCCUCCUCCUCCACUGCUGGGAGCUCGACCCCGCCGUCAUCCAAGUUGCCCGCGAGUACUUCAACCUCGCCCGCCUCGAGAGGGAUAACCAAAACCGCCUCUUCAUCUACUUCGGCGAUGCCCUCAACGCCACUAUCCCCAACGUCUCCAGGGCUUCCUCAUCUUCAACGCUGUCGGCGGUGGCACCGGUUCCGGUCUCGGAUCUCUCUUGUUAGAGCGUCUCUCCAUCGAUUACGGCAAAAAGUCCAAAUUAUGGUUGACCAUUUAUCCUUCCCCUUAGGUUUCAACCGCAGUCAUGGAGCCCUACAACAACGUCUUCUCCACCCUCUCCCUUUUGGAACACACCGACUUGGCUGUUCUCUUGGACAACGAAGCCAUCUAUGACAAUAACGGAGGUUGGAGGAUUUAAGAAGUUGAUGAAAAAGGCUGAGGCCAGUGAUUGUCUUAAGCAUACUGUUCCAUCUAGUUUGAUUGAACAACACUUGCUGUGUCUACUUUUCAAUCCUUUGUUCACCAAAUCUUAUUAGCUUGCAUACAGGGCAGAUUCUACAACUGUGGCAAUCACCAUGACAGAUCUUGUUAGCUAGAGUGUGGCAAUUGAGUCUCUGGCAACCGAAAGGGAAGUGGGAGCUGGGAACAAUACAGUAAACUUCAGGAGAGGAAGCCUCUGUUUCACUCUCAAAUGGAAACGUUAUCAAAGUAGCCAUAUCAGAGCUGUUACCGGCCAAUCCUGAUAUUUUAGAGGGUGUUGAAGAUCUUAUACAACUCAGUUAUUUGAAUGAGCCCUCAGUUCUGCAUAAUCUUCAGUCUAUAUAUUCUCAUGAUAUGAUUUACAGUAAAUCAGGGCCAACUUUAAUUGCACUCAAUCCUUUUAAAGAUGUUCAAAUUUAUGGAGAUGAUUAUAUUUCAGCUUAUAGGCAGAAACUUAUGGAUAGGCCUCAUGUUUAUGCUAUGGCAGAUGCAGCAUAUAAUGAGAUGAUGAGAGAUGAAGCGAAUCAGUCCAUUAUCAUAAGUGGUGAGAGUGGAUCUGGGAAAACAGAGACAGCAAAAAUUGUUAUGCAAUACUUAGCUGCUCUUGGUGGUGGCUGUUCUGGAAUAGAAAAUGAAGUUCUCUUGACAAACUUUAUACUAGAAGCUUUUGGGAAUGCAAAAACAUCUAAGAAUGACAACUCUAGCAGAUUUGGGAAGUUGAUUGAAAUUCAUUUCAACACAAUGGGGAAAAUUUGUGGGGCAAAAAUUCAAACUUCUGUAACAAAUGCUGCUUUGGUAAUGGGUUGCAGUUCCCAUGAGCUAAUGGAAGCAUUAUCUACCCAUAAAAUCCAAGCUGGCAAGGAUACCAUUACCAAGACAUUGACCUUGUGGCAGGCAAUUGAUGCAAGACAUGCAUUAGCAAAAUUUAUCUAUGCAAGCUUGUUUGAUUGGCUUAUAGAACAAGUUAAUAAGUCACUUGAAGUGGGUAAACGCCGCACUGGGAGAUCCAUAAGUAUCCUUGAUAUUUAUGGGUUUGAGUCAUUCCAGAAUAACAACUUUGAACAAUUUUGUAUAAACUAUGCCAAUGAGAGGCUUCAACUAAAUUUCAAUUGGCAUCUGUUUAAACUUGAGCAGGAGGUCAUCAACUAUGUUAAGCUUUAAUUUGAACACAAAAUUGCCAGUGUGUAAUACAAUUCCAGGAAUUUUAUUUGUGUUUAAGAUUGCUGGGUGUCAUACCCUAAUUUCGUCCGGGGACCUUUGCUUGAUGA